AUGACUAGCAUUGUAGAAAACAUGCCUCUUAAAUCAGAUUUCGAAAAUUAUUAUUAUUUCGCAUUAAAUUUAUCAAGCAUAGUACCAGAACCGUGUCCAACGAUUACCCUUGCAAGAUUCUCUCUUAGAAUUCCCGAAAUAGAAUAUCUUGGAAGAGUUGGUCAUUUAAAUGAUGUUGUUCAAGUUCGCGUAAAGAAAAAUAAUGAUAUUGACUUGACAAGGUUACAAGAAGCUUUGGUAAUGGUAAAUGGAGUUGAAAGUGUAGAAUUGCAAGUUCCAAAAAUGAGAAUCAAGAAUUCAUUAUAG